ACCCUGCAGUACUUUUAUUAUCAUCCGCCAUUGCUUUCUCCACUUUAUACUGUAAAGCUCUACCUGCAACUCGAAAGAAAUCAAUUUUUUUUUCCAUCUUCGGCACUGUAUUUAUUCACUAAACGACCCUUUACAUUGAAGAAAUUCCUAAGAUACGUAAGUCCGUUUUCCCAACUUCCGGUCGGUGACGUUCACGUUCUCGUCGUCAUUGCUAAAGGUCCCUAUUCGCGUGUGGGAAGUGGGAAGACAAAAUGGGCGAGCCGAUGGAAGACGAUGAUUUCCCUUAUGAUCUUCCGAAAUUCAAUCGCUACAGCUUUGCUGUGGUAAACCAAUGCAAGAAAAAGCUUUUGACUGUUCAACUGGAAGCUCUUGAAAGUCUUCAGCGUUGGUUCCAGAAUAAAGAAGGCCAAAUUGCGUUGGUGAGGAUGCCCACGGGUAGUGGAAAGACGGGCAUUAUAUGUUGUCUACCAUACUUUCUAGGAACAGAAGGACUGGAACACGUGCCUCGUAGCUUUCCGAAUGGACGCCCGCGUCAUUCCUUCGAAAACAAACCAGUACUGAUAAUUUCACCCAAUCUGAAUAUUAGCGAUCAUCUUGAAGAGCAGAUGCUGAGUUCCCUGAAAGAUACAUCACAAAGGAACUUUUUCUUGCGUCACGGGAUUGUAAAGGAUUAUCAGAAACAAGCGCUACCAGAAGGAAGGAAGAUAGAGAGUACAGCUGAGUUGAACAGUCGCAACAGUGCUAAUUACUUGCAAGGAAAGGAAGUCGUCAUUGCCAAUGCCCAAAAGUUUCUUAAAGAGGAAACAUGGGAAACAGAUCUACCAGAUGACAUGUUCAAACUUGUGAUCGUCGAUGAGGCGCAUCAUCACCCUGCCAGGACGUGGAAAAGAAUUAUCACUAAAUUUCGUGGUCAUGCGUUGGUUGUGUUUUUUACGGCAACGCCUUACAGAGGUGACAAGAAGCCAGUGGUUCCACCACCAUUUGCUUAUGAGUUGUCCCUUGCACGUGCGAUAGGGCUGAGAAUAAUUCGCCAGACGGAAUUUGUCGCAGUAACCGGGCAACCUCGUGGAACUUUUAGACUUCGAACACAGCUUAGUCCGGAAGACCUCCAGAUGUGCCGCAUUUUUUUGACCAUUCUUGAAAAAGUGAGAGAGAUACAAGAAACAAAGGACCGGGAGACGCCGCUUCCAAACAACAUCCCACACAUGGCUUUUGCCAUAGCUAAGGACCACUUCCACGCGAAUCUAGUAGAGGAACUUUGGAAUGUGUUUUGGAAAGACGCUCCUGCCAUCACAUACACUUCAGAGAAGAAGAACGAGUCUCCCCUGCAAGAGAAAUUGGCUAAAAUUAGAGCCAACCAAGUGAGGCUUGUUGUGGUUGUGGACAUGCUCCAAGAGGGAUUUGACCACCCACCGGUUAGUAUUUGUGCCAUAAUGACCAAUAUUGGUUCCCCAGUGAAGUUUGUACAGUUUAUCGGGAGAGGACAACGAAUUGCUCGUGAUUCUCAAGGUAACUUAGAGAGUGACACUAUUAGAGCUCAUAUUGUAACACAUCGGCAUUUUCAGCAAACCGAAAAUUAUGAGAAGUUCCACAACGAUGAACUUUUAUUUAUUGGGGAUUAAUGACUAGACUAGAACUCAGAAUCCUGGAAGUUACCCAUGAACUGUAUGAAAUACUUACCGCAUAAACCCAGCUUUUUCAGAAACAUUGUUAGUACCAUACCUUGCGAGAUAGAGAUUCCCUUCCUUUCUCCUCGGAGAGUAGUCACAACUGCCUGAUUUCCUAUCGUGCAGGUGCACUAUGUCAGGAUGUUGCAUGUGUCUGAUGUGUCUUGCUUAUUCACCGGAAGUGUUUCUUAUGCCAUCAAAUUUGGAGCCAUUUUUGGUUCUUACGUGACCAAUUAAUUGGAUUCCAACUUUUCCACCAUUUAAUUGUUAAAGAACCCACAAAAAUUUCAUAAAAUUAC